CGCGCAUUCACUCACCAACACCAUCUUUUGAGUGCCGAAAGAGAAUUGGAAUCGAGGUAGCUGCGAUAGGGUAGGCACUGGGUCUGGAGUUGAAGGCCGGCCGCCGUCCAAAAACCCUCUUUUCCCCCUGCUCAUCUCCAUCCUCCUCAGUGUUCUCACUUCUCGGGGCCGGAGAAGCACAAUGGCGUCGCUCGCCGGAGCCGCACUCGCCUCCUGCAGCAUCCUUCUCCUCCUGCUCGUCCCCUGCGCCCAGGGCCAGGGGCAACCACCCGAGGCACCGGAGGAGGCUUGGGCCGAGGGGCAACCACCGGAGGCGUCGGAGGACGCUUUGACGAUGCUCUUGUCCGAUGGCGGGUGCCGCGCCUUCUCCGGCCUCGUCGCCAUGACGGCCGGCGUGGGCGACGCGUUCCGCGAGCAGAUCGGCAGCGAUCUGGGGCUCACCAUCCUCUGCCCUGACGACGAGGCGGUGGGGGCGUUCAUGCCGAGGUUCCAUAGCCUCACCGCCGACGAGCAGGUCGCGGUUCUCCUGUACCACGGCCUGACGAUGGCUUACUCUGAGGAGCUGCUCAGCUGGGUGACCUGGGUCCACGGGGAGUUCUCGACGCUUGAUGGGGAGGAUAUGCUCACCAUCCGUCACCACAGAGGCAGGCUGAUGCUUUCUUCGUGGCCGCCGUCGUCACGUAACAAGGCCAGGAUCACCAAGACGGUCGUCGACGACGACCAUCUCGCCGUCUACCUCAUAGACGCCGUGCUGAUUCCGGCAGAUCCCAAGCGUCAAAGAGUUGUGGCACUUAUCGUCAUUAUUGUGGUACUUGUUGCCGGCGUGCUCGUGGCGAUAUUCUUGCUGUUUCAUGCACUUGUAUAUCUUGGUUCUCUUGUGUGCCGGUUGAGAAGUUGGUGUAAGGGUCGCGCUGCUGCCUAUGCUUCGGCCGCCCGUGUCACUCCACAUGGGCAAGGGCAACAAGAACACUAGUCUCUGGCCACUUCGGAGUGCCUCGCCUCCUCGGGUCGUUCCCUCGUACCUACGUAUUUCCGUUUGUGGUGACAGAUUUCACGGUUGUUUCCUCUGUCUUCGAUGUAUAUAGUGGUGUUCAGCAGGUGGUGGGAUGGUCAGUUGAUGAAACUGCAGGAUCUAGAUCGUGUUAUUUUUCUAUGCAUAUAUAUUUAUAUAUAUCUUUUGCCGGGAACA